AUGAGUACGUAUAUAAAUUCUCUCGAAACAAAAUUUCAUGAAAAUACCAAAAUACCUGUUCCAUUGGCAGGUGAAUCCUAUUUUCAUCGUCAUCAACCAGUAAAGUUUAAAGUGGUUAUUGAAGGAACCACCAUAAAAGAGUAUUCGGCGACUGGUAAAAUAUUUCUUACGGAUAAACGACUUAUGUUCAUCGCACAAGAACCUUUACAUAAUUUUGAAACGUUUCAUGUAAUGUUAAAAGAUGUUUAUUCAUCUAUAAAAUCUCCCCCUCCUCGUUUUAAGAAGAAAAAAGUUUUUUCCGUGAGAAUUAAUAUAGGAGAUGAAGUUUUGAUAAUUUCGCUUCGUUAUAAAAGUAAAAAUUUGGGGGAUAAAAAAAUUUUUGAAGAUUAUUAUUCAAUGUUAGUAAGAGUCUAA